UCCAGGGACCUUAAGCCAGAGAACAUCUUGCUAAAUGAAGAUAUGCACAUUCAAAUAACAGACUUCGGAACGGCAAAAGUAUUAUCUGCAGAUAGCAGACAAGCACGGGCAAACUCAUUUGUAGGGACAGCGCAGUAUGUUUCUCCAGAACUGCUGACAGAGAAAUCUGCCUGUAAAAGCUCUGACCUCUGGGCUCUGGGUUGUAUAAUAUAUCAACUUGUAGCUGGAUUGCCUCCAUUUAGAGCUGGAAAUGAAUAUCUUAUAUUCCAGAAGAUAAUAAAGUUGGAAUAUGACUUUCCAGAAAAAUUUUUUCCCAAGGCAAAAGACCUUGUUGAAAAGCUAUUGGUUCUAGAUGCUACCAACAGAUUAGGUUGUGAAGAAAUGGGAGGAUAUGGACCUCUUAAGGCUCACCCCUUCUUUGAAUCCAUUGUGUGGGAGAACCUACAUCUUCAAACACCCCCAAAACUUACAGCUUAUUUACCUGCUAUGUCAGAGGAUGACGAAGACUGUUACGGAAACUAUGACAAUCUCCUGAGUCAGUUCGGUUGCAUGCAAGUUUCUGGUUCUGCCUCUUCUCAUUCACUGUCUGCCCCAGAGACAAGUACGCCACAGACAUCAGGAGGAAACAUUGAACAGUAUAUUCAUGAUCUUGACAACAAUUCCUUUGAGCUGGACUUACAGUUUUCUGAAGAUGAAAAGAGGUUACUUCUGGCAAAACAAGCUGGUGGAAAUCCUUGGCAUCAGUUUGUAGAAAAUAACUUAAUCCUAAAAAUGGGUCCAGUGGACAAAAGAAAGGGAUUGUUUGCACGACGGCGCCAAUUGCUGCUCACAGAAGGGCCCCACCUGUAUUAUGUGGAUCCUGUCAACAAAGUUCUAAAAGGAGAAAUUCCAUGGUCUUUAGAGUUGCGGCCAGAAGCCAAGAACUUUAAGACAUUUUUUGUUCACACACCAAACAGGACAUAUUACCUGAUGGACCCGAGUGGGAAUGCUCAUAAAUGGUGCAAAAAGAUACAUGAAGUUUGGCGGCACAGAUACCACCAGAAUGCUGCUAAAUAGCAAAGCUCAUCCAAAAUUUCCCAGUUUCCCUACUUGCUGCUAGAACUCCGUGUGCAGCCGAUCAGAGGAAUCUUUUCAACCCACCUAUUACCAUCUCAAGGGGAAGCAUAUGUCUGAAAUGUUCUGGUUUUGGUUUUUUUUUUUAAAGAAAGAAAAAAAGAAAAGCAAAAACCUAAUGGAAUUCAGGGUCGCUUUGCUCGCUCUUUGUGCUUCUGUUGAGGCUUCCACAUGCAUAUCAUUGCAGUGAAGAUCUUGCUUUUGUGCACUUCAGCUCAAUUUCUGCUGCAGACUAGUGGAUAGACCUUGCAUUACCAGCUUCACUUAAGAUGAGUUAAAACCAAUCCACACGCACACACGCCGAAUCAUGUACCAGCCUUGCGUUUUAUGGGGCUGGAGUUUUCUGUGACUUUCAGAUUAUCAUUAAACUGUAUUUCAUCAGGGAGCUUUUAUAUGCCUCUCCUAAGCACCACCUCUUUGUUUUCUGUUCCUUUCCUCACAGUCCCCCAGCUUAUUGGUAUAUGGCAUUUGUAGCCAGGUCAGUUGCACCCUUGUGUAAUUCCUAAUAUAGUUCUGGUUGCAGGAUUUAUGUGGUACUUUAGUAAUUAUGUGAAUGAAUCAGAUGUAUGUGUCUGGCAGACAGGCUCCAAUGAUACAGGUUGUGAGAGAGUAAAAUGCUGAACAUGGCAGUGAAAGAUUUCUAAAAUUGAAAUGUUGGCUUCUGAAGCAGAUAAGAUUUUAAACAUUCAAUUUAAAUUUUAAUAUGAAUCAUAUGUGUGUUUA